AUGAUUGAUCCCAGCUCAUCUGAAGAAGAUAGUGACGAUGAACACAAGAAGCAGCCCUCCAAAUUACCAGUUGUACCACCAGGAGGCUUGGCAGGUGGAAGGCCAUCAGUGCGGGGAAAACCAGAGCUACCACGAGGAUCUACAGCCGGGCUGCCAGGCGCAAGUCCUCUUACAACAGCCCCCCACGCAGCUCCCCUUCACCCCGCGACUCGACAGAGGGAGGCCCAGGCGUUAGCACCCCCACAACAUGCAUCGUUCUUGCGCAGGACAUCAACCGGAAGUGCCAGUUCCGGUGAGGCUCCUGCUCCAUCCCCAAGUCCAUCUGGGACCAGUCAUUCGGAUAAAGACCAAGAUCCACAGGAAAAGAUAGAGAAGCUAGAAGAGGACAAAAAGAGAAGACUGCAACUCUACGUAUUUGUGUCCAGAUGUAUCGCACAUCCGUUCAAUGCUAAACAGCCUACGGAUAUGACUAGACGUCACACGAAGGUCACUAUGCACCAGUUGGAGACAAUCCAAGCAAGAUUUCAGGCAUUCCUCAAAGGAGAAACUCAAAUAUUAGCAGAUGAGGCAUUCCAAAAUGCUGUCCAGGCGUACUUCGAUAUCUUCUUAAAAUCUGAAAGGGUGGAGCAAAUGGUGAAAGCUGGGGCCUGUACCCAUAACGACUUUCGCGAAGUAUUCAGGAACAAUAUCGAGAAGAGAGUGAAUGAGUGCAUUUUCAAAUCGCAAGCCGAAAUUGACGGUCUCACUAAAGACACUGUAGUGACGACGUGGCUGGCGAAACUAGAUUGUAUAAUGAAGGGAACGGGUGUACCAGGAGACGAUGAAUCCAAACGGCCAUCACGAGCUCAGCAGCAAAGCCUGAACGCGGAGUGCAUCCUCAGCAAGGAACAGCUGUAUGACAUGUUUCAACAGAUACUGGGCGUCAAGAAGUUCGAACAUCAGUUGUUGUUUAAUGCUCUCCUGUUGGAUUCGGCGGAUGAACAGGCUGCAGCAAUAAGAAGAGAACUGGAUGGUCGAAUGCAGAAAGUUAACGAAAUGGAAAGGAACCGCAAGUUGAUGCCUAAAUUCGUUUUGAAAGAAAUGGAGUCGCUGUAUAUUGAAGAACUGAAAUCGUCAAUAAAUUUGUUGAUGGCCAACCUUGAGUCCCUCCCUGUGUCCAAGGGGGGAGCGGACUCAAAGUACGGCCUUCAUAAAAUCAAGCGGUAUAAUCACAGGAACCCCGGGCCAGAUCCGAGUCCAAGAUUGAGUAAGCAGCUAUGUUUCAGAUCGCAAGGCUCUUUAGCGAACAAGUUGACUGGGGGCGAAGGUGACGGAGGGGAUGUAGACACCCAACUCACUAAAAUGGAUGUGGUUCUUACUUUCCAAAUAGAGGUAGUUGUUAUGGAAGUGAAGGGGCUAAAGUCUUUGGCGCAGAAUAGAAUAGUAUACUGUACCAUGGAAGUGGAAGGUGGGGAUAAACUACAGACUGAUCAGGCGGAGGCUUCGAAGCCAAUGUGGGACACACAAGGUGACUUCAGCACGACUCAGCCACUUCCAGCUGUGAAAGUUAAGCUGUAUACAGAGAACCCUGGUGUACUAGCACUUGAAGACAAGGAGCUUGGGAAAGUUUUACUCAGACCUACGCCUCUGUCUAGCAAAGCACCAGAAUGGCAUCGAAUGACUGUACCCAAAAAUUUACCAGAUCAAGAUCUCAGGAUUAAAAUCGCGUGCAGAAUGGAUAAACCAUUGAACAUGAAGCAUUGCGGUUACCUCCACGUAAUUGGCAAAGCUGUAUGGCGGAAGUGGAAACGGCGAUACAUGGUGUUAGUGCAAGUCAGCCAAUAUACGUUUGCCCUCUGCUCCUAUAAGGACAAGAAGUCUGAACCAGCUGAAAUGAUGCAGCUUGAUGGAUUCACUGUGGACUAUAUUGAGUUGGCGAGUGAGCUGGAAGGUGCUAAAUACUUCAUGAACGCAGUCAGAGAUGGAGAAUCGGUGUUGAUGGGAGUCAGCGAUGAGAAUGAGUGUCACCUCUGGGUGAUGGCCCUGUACCGAGCGACGGGACAGAGUCACAAACCGACACCUCCCACAACAUCUGACACGCAUAUCAAAAUUAUGGGAGAUGCGGACAAAGCGAGAAAACACGGAAUGGAAGAUUAUAUCCAAGCUGAUCCAUGUCAAUUUGACCAUCAGCAAAUGUUCUCGAUGUUGCAGUCGCUAUCAUUGAAAUAUCGGUUACAAGACCCUUACUGUUCUUUGGGUUGGUUUUCUCCCGGCCAAGUCUUCGUUCUGGAUGAGUAUUGUGCACGAUACGGCGUCAGAGGCUGUUACAGACAUCUUAAUUAUUUAUCAGACUUACUUGACGUUGCCGAAAGCGCCACACAGAUGGUAGACCCCACUUUGAUGCAUUACUCUUUCGCAUUUUGCGCGAGCCAUGUCCACGGAAACAGUACCGCCACGUUGCCUGGCAGGCCCGAUGGUGUGGGCAGCAUCACCGUACAGGAGAAGGAGAAAUUCGCUGAGAUCAAGGAGCGGCUGAAAUCGCUUUUGCAACAUCAGGUCACCAACUUUCGAUACGCAUUUCCCUUUGGAAGGCCAGAGGGGGCUUUGAAAGCAACGCUGUCGCUAUUAGAGCGAGUGUUAAUGAAGGACGUGGUAACACCAGUUGCACCAGAGGAUGUUAGGAUCCUGAUCCAAAAUUGUUUGGAGAACGCAGCACUUUUGAACUACCAACAACUCAGUCAGAAAGCUAAUAUUGAAGAGGAUCUACGUGGUGACACGAUGGUGACUCCAGCGAAGAAGCUGGAGGACCUGAUCCGUUUGGCUGAGCUCUGCGUAGAUCUUUUGCAGCAGAAUGAAGAACACUAUGCAGAGGUUUAUAACGCAAAAUCGGAAUCGACUGGUCAACAAAAUGCAUUCGCAUGGUUCUCAGAUCUUCUGACAGACCACGCUGAAAUCUUCUGGGCGUUAUUCGCUGUUGACAUGGACAGGGUUUUAGCUGAACAACCCCCUGACACCUGGGACUCAUUCCCAUUGUUCCAAAUCCUUAAUGAUUAUUUGCGCUCCGAUGGUAAGAUGAAAGAAACUCUAAGAAACGGCCGUUUUCACGAACAUUUGCGUGACACCUUCGCACCAUUGGUCGUUCGAUACGUUGAUCUUAUGGAGUCUUCAAUAUCGCAAUCCCUGCAUAAGGGUUUUGAAAAGGAACGAUGGGAGAUUAAAGGCAACGGUUGUGCUACCAGUGAAGAAUUAUUCUGGAAGCUGGAUGCUCUGCAAAGCUUCAUCAGAGACCUGCACUGGCCAGAACCAGAGUUCCGGUCCCACCUGGAACAACGCCUGAAGUUGAUGGCAAGCGACAUGAUGGAGACCUGCAUACAGAAGACGGAGGCGUCAUUCCAGGCGUGGCUGAAAAAAAGUGUGACAUUCAUGUCAACGGACUACAUAAUACCAGCUGAGAUCUGUGCUAUGGUAAAUGUGGCACUGGACGCGAAAAACCAAGCGUUGAAGCUAUGCGCUGUCGAAGGCGUGGAUAUUUACCAGUACCAUGCUAAAAUGGAUGCUCAGAUCGAGACCUGCCUCCACGCAAUGGCUACGGGAAUGACGACUCGUCUGUCCGCCGUGUUGGAGGCUACGCUCGCGAAGAUCGCGCGGUUUGAUGAAGGAAGUUUGAUCGGGUCAAUUCUGACGAUUGCGAACGUGUCAGGCUCUGGUAAGGACAUCGGGCAGGGAUACGUCACUUUCAUGAGAAAUUCUAUGGACCAGAUUCGAUCUAAGGUGACAGAUGAGCUGUGGAUACUUCAGCUCUUUGAACAAUGGUACGGUCAGCAAAUGACUCUCAUUGGAAACUGGUUGCAGGAGCGACCAGCUCUUCAUCCACAACAAGUCGCCUGUCUCUCUAUUGUCGUUAAGAAAAUGAACAGUGAUUUCGAGCUGCAAGGUGUAAUAGAUGACAAGCUCAACACAAAAACCUACCAAGCAGUCGCCCAAAGGAUGCAUACAGAAGAAGCCACUUGCAGCUUACUUCUUGCUCAGCAGGACGCCGGCGGCAGCGAGGAGGGCGCAGAAGAGGGAACUAAAGCUGGGAAGUCAAAACUUGAGUCUCUCACAGAGGAGGCAAAACUUGGAAAUGUUUCUGCUGUUGUUGGGAAGGUUGGCAACAUGUUUGGAAGAGGCAUAGGCGAAUUGUCUACUAAAUUAGGAGGUGCUUCAUCUUGGUUUUAG